GGUCAUUUUAGCCCUUUCAAAUCAAGGCGAGGGUUGCCAGCGAGAAACAAAAUCAACGCGAGGUUUUGAGUUUCUCCCAAACACUCGGCUUCUACUUCAUCUUCUUUGCGUAGUCUGCAACACAGCAGCAGGCAUCUUCAGAGGCCUGGUCGCCACCCCCAAUGGCGUUGCUUCAGCAUGUGUGCUCCGUUCCUCUCACUCGUGCGGUGCGGUCACGUUCCCUCACGGUAUCGGCUCGUGCUGCCACUGUCAGCAUCCCUUCUUCUGUCAAGAAACUCCCGCACGCCGACUCUCACGCCCUCCUCGGCAUGUCCGAGCAAGAGCUUCAGCAACUAGCCCUCGAAUUAGGCCAGGAAAAAUAUAGAGGGAAGCAACUUCAUCAUCUUCUUUACAAGAGAAAGGCCAAAGACAUUCAGGAUUUCUCUAAUUUGCCUCUGGCAUUUAGGAAUGACCUUCAGGAUGCUGGAUGGAGGGUUGGGCGUUCACCAGUUCAUCACACGGUCACUGCAGUUGAUGGCACCACAAAGCUACUAAUAAAACUAGCUGACAACAGACUGGUUGAAACUGUUGGUAUACCAGUAGAAGAUGAUAAAGGUUCUGUUCGCCUUACUGCAUGUGUUUCAUCACAGGUAGGCUGUCCAUUGCGCUGCUCAUUUUGUGCUACUGGCAAGGGAGGAUUCUCACGGAACCUUCAGAGGCAUGAAAUUGUCGAGCAGGUUUUGGCAUUAGAGGAGAUUUUCAAACAUAGGGUUACAAAUGUCGUGUUUAUGGGAAUGGGUGAGCCAAUGUUAAACUUGAAAGCAGUUAUUGAAGCACAUCGGUGCCUGAACAAGGACGUGCAAAUUGGACAAAGAAUGAUAACAAUUUCAACUGUUGGCGUUCCAAACACCAUCAAAAAGCUGGCUUCUCAUAAACUUCAGUCCACGUUGGCUGUCAGCCUUCAUGCUCCAAACCAGAAACUUAGGGAAAGGAUUGUGCCUAGUGCGAAGUCCUACCCUCUGGAUGCGGUCAUGAAGGAUUGCAGAGAUUACUUCCUUCAGACCAGUAGGCGGGUAUCAUUUGAAUACACACUGCUAGCUGGAGUCAACGAUACGGUAGAGCAUGCAAUAGAACUUUCAGAACUUUUACACAAGUGGGGACGUGGUUAUCAUGUGAACCUGAUACCUUUCAAUCCAAUUGAAGACUCUGAAUACAGGCGUCCAUACAAAAAAAGGGUAAGGGCGUUCGCAGAUGCUCUAGAAUCCCGUAGUGUAACUGUCAGCGUUCGCCAGACGCGUGGCCUAGAUGCAAGCGCUGCUUGUGGACAGCUAAGAAAUGAAUUCCAGAAGAGGCCCUUUGCUUCCACUAACAACCAGCCAUCUGAAUCUAAAUUAGGCAUCUCGGUUGCAUCCUGAUGUCUCAAAGCCCCCGACGACUCAAAUUUGUCUCAGCUUUCUCUUCUUACUGUCAAAUCUUCGAGCUCUAACCAUUCUGAAAAGCUCCAUGCUUUGGUAAACUUAUAAAUGGUGCAGUUGAAAGAUGCAGCAAAGAGAUGUAGGGGGAGAAGACAAGACACAGGACCAGGAUGUAUUUUCUGCAGUGCUGAAGGGAAGGUAAUGCACUUUCUAGUACAAAUGAGGGAUGAUAACAACAAGGGCAACAUUGGAGAAUGUUAGUUAUGAGCAAAUUUUUAAUCCUUAAAAGAGUCGUAUGUUUUCAUCUCUUGUUAUUGUCUCCUUGUGAAAAAGUUUUGACAGUAUGAGAUAGAAAUUUGUUCUACAACUAGUGAAAGAAAUUACUUGGCAACCAAAAAAAAAAGGAAAUUGUGGAUGUAUGAGGAGUUAAUGCUAUGUUUAGCAAAUAUAAUUGGGUUUUUUUGGCUUGUGCCUAAA